ACCUACUUCCGUUCCCUGUGUCUACCCACACUUCCGGUUCAACAUGGCAGCCCGCUUGGUUGGAUUUGUCCGUGGAGGACUAAGUCGGAGCUUUAAAUUUCCUAAUCGGAGCGUGGCUUUCGUGCAAGCGAGGUCGGAGGCAACGACAACUGAGACUAGGCCCACAGUAAGGCCUAAAGAUGCAGUCACCCACAACCAGCUGUCAUCUUUCGGAGAGUAUGUGGCAGAGAUGCUUCCUAAAUAUGUGCAGCAGGUUCAGGUGACUUUCUUUAACGAGCUGGAGGUGAUGAUCCACCCAGAUGGGGUGAUCCCAGUGCUGACCUUCCUGAGGGACCACACUAAUGCCCAGUUUAAAAAUAUGACAGACCUGACUGCAGUGGACAUCCCCACACGGCAGAAUCGCUUUGAGAUUGUGUACAACCUCCUCUCUCUGCGCUACAACUCCCGUAUUCGUGUGAAGACCUACACAGAUGAGCUGACCCCAGUGGAUUCUUCUGUCUCUGUCCACCAAGCAGCCAACUGGUAUGAGAGAGAGGUUUGGGAUAUGUUUGGAGUUUUCUUUGCAAACCACCCAGACUUGAGAAGGAUUCUUACUGAUUAUGGGUUUGAGGGGCAUCCCUUCAGAAAGGACUUCCCAUUGUCUGGAUAUGUGGAGGUCCGCUAUGAUGAUGAGGUGAAGCGGGUGGUGGCGGAACCUGUGGAGCUUGCACAGGAAUUUCGCAAGUUUGACCUGAACAGUCCUUGGGAGGUGUUCCCAGCCUACCGUGAGCCUAAAGAUGUUCCCAAGUUGGAGGCUGGAGACAAACCAGAGACAAAGUAGCCUCAGUGUCUAAGGUUACAGAUGUUCCUCUUCCUAGAAGUAUCUUUCCUGUAGAGAGGUCACUUGUUGUCGUGAUUUCUCAAUGAGUAUUUAUGUUAAUAAAGUCUAUAAUGGUAA